UAUUUUCUCAGACGUUAGAAUAGUCUGAUUCGAUGAUCCAGACGAUCAACAAGCUGGUGAAGCGUGUCGCAGGAUAUUAACGGUGAAUAGUUCAGGCUGUGCGGCGUAUCCGAGACGGGAAUUUCGUUAGUAGUUUUGGUACGAUUGAAAAUACAGGAACAAUGAAUAAAGCUGGGGCGUUGCUGAUAGUGCUACUAUCAUCCAUUUUCUUAGCGACGGCUUUCGACUUCAACGAUUUGGCAAAAAAGGCGAACGAUGCCGCGAAGGUAGUUGGAAAGGCCACCAAGAGUCUCGUGGAGAAAACUCCUCAGAUUUUCUCGCCGGAACAGUUGCUUGACUUUGGCAAGCAAUCAAUCGCUGGGGUUCCACUAGAGGCACUGGCCGCUACUAUCAACAAGAUUUGUUCCAUAGCGGUGUCGGCGAACGCCACCGAAUCGGAGAACUCGGUCAAUAUCACGGAAAUGAAUUACGUAUUGAUGACAGAAAAGGAGAACGUCACUAUUCCGUUACUUGAGUCCGAUGAUCUGUGGAGUCACGACCUUUUUAAUGAUUCAUGCGACACCGUGAUAUUGGUGACUGGUUGGACUUCCAAUAUAAACGGAUCCAACAGAGCGAUCGAUACCAUUUUCAGUGCCUAUCAAGCACGAGGAGGGUAUAAUUUUGUCGUUAUUGAUACUUCCGACUACGUCGACACUUUGUACACUUGGUCGGCUUUUAACACGAAUGAUCUCGGGAAAGGAUUAGCAGCAGGUUUAGAGGAAUUAAUCAACUAUGUACAGCUGCCAUCUAUACAUCUUAUCGGUCAUAGUUUGGGGGCCCACAUUGUUGGUACUGCUGGGCGUGAGUUUCAGUACAGAACCGGACGGUCUAUUCCAAGGAUAACCGGUUUGGAUCCAGCGAAUCCAUGUUUCAACGAAGGUGAAGCUUUGAGCGGAAUAUCUCGGGGCGAUGCUGAUUUUGUGGAUAUUAUCCACAGUAAUGCUAAAGUGCUUGGCAAGCGUGAUCCACUUGGAGAUGUGGAUUUUUAUCCAAAUGGAGUGGUCUCCGUACAGCCAGGCUGCUUGAAUCCAUCCUGCUCUCAUGCCCGCGCUUGGGAACUUUACGCUGAGACUGUUUAUCCCGGCAACGAGGAAAACUUGAUGGCCGUGAAGUGUAACUCGAUCCUGUCACUGGAUACGGGCGCUUGUCCCAGCGAUCCGAUUCCGCUCGGCUUUGCCUGCCCGAGAACGGCUAAGGGAAACUAUUUCUUGAAGACCAAUGAUAAAACACCCUUCGGGAGAAGUUUGAAGCGCCAAUGAGCGAUAAAAAUAUAUUUGACUUUAUGCGCACGAUGGUGUGAGAUUAUAACUUUACCAAACUUAAAUCAAAGUAUUAAAGCAACCUGUGAAUAUAAGUUGUAUUUAGCAUAUUGAAA